CACCACAAUACCACCACCAUCAUAAAAACCAGAUCUUCAUCAAACUAGCUAUAUCAUAAGUAUACACCAAGAAACUAAUUAAAAUGAAGCAUAAAUGUUCUCUAUCAUCUCUAUCUAGAAACUCAUCAAGCAAAAUAAUCCCAUCAAAUUACAUGAUCACCACUUCUUCUAAUUUCAUCAAUCAUGAUCAUCCUUCUUCUUCUUCCACAACCGAAAACAAACCCCUAAUCUCCUUUGGCCGCGGGGUCUCAAGAUCCCGGUUUGGGUUCACCACCCUAAUUCGGUCAUUUCUCACGAUUAUAUCAAUUCCAUCUAUCCUUCCUACCUUCAAGUGGCUAGCCUUACCCUCAAAUCUCUCCUUAACACCAACUUUAGGCCGAAAAAUUACAGGAACCCUUUUUGGAAACAGAAGAGGACACGUCACCUUUGCAGUACAAUAUGACCCACAAUCCAUACCAAUCUUGCUUAUCGAAUUCGCCAUGUCCACGUCAUCUCUAGUCAAAGAGAUGUCAUCUGGACUUGUUAGGAUCGCGCUUGAGUGCGAAAAGGCUAAAAAUCGUACAAGGGGUAGUGACAAAAAGUUGUUUAAUGAACCAACGUGGACUAUGUAUUGUAAUGGGAAAAAAUGUGGGUAUGCGACUUCUAGAGUUUGUUUGGAUUCAGAUUGGAGUGUGUUAAGCAUGGUUCAAAGUGUUUCGGUUGGAGCUGGGGUGAUUCCGGUGGUGGAAGAUGGUGGAAAGAGGCGGAGUAACGGCGGUGGGUCAGAGGGUGAGUUGUUGUAUAUGAGAGCAAGGUUUGAACGAGUCGUGGGGAGUCGUGACUCGGAAGCGUAUUAUAUGAUGAACCCGGAUGGAAAUGGAGGGCCUGAACUCAGUAUCUUUUUACUAAGAAUAUGAAUUUGGAAAUUAUUUAAGAAAAAAUGAUUCGUGUGUUUAAAGCUUAACUAGUCAAGAAACAUGAUGAAAUUUUUGUUAUCAAAUUUGUCAAGAUUGGUUUGAUGAUAAUUAGUUAGUAUAGAUUUUAUGUUUAUACCAUUCAUGAAAUUGGAAAAUGAUUGUAUUGGGUGUUUUAUAUGUUACGAGUAGUAGUAUCUUGUAUUUCAAUUCAAGAUGUACGUGAUCGAUGCAUGUAAAUUAUUUGCUCUUCUUCU